CCGCCAAGAUGGCCGCCUCUGCAGCGCGCUCCGCGGCCCGGCGGCUCAUCCUGCCCUGGUCCACCCGUCUCGGGCGAGCGCCCGGCGCGGCGGAGCGGUGUGUGCACGUUGGAACGGGCAGGCUCAGAGCUUCCAAAGCAGCCACGGAAGUAAUCUUAAAUGUUCCUGAGACCAGGGUGAGUCCGUUGGAAAAUGGCUUGCAAGUAGCUUCUGAAGACUCUGGACUCUCAACAUGCACAGUUGGACUUUGGAUUGAUGCUGGAAGCAGGUAUGAAAAUGAGAAGAACAAUGGGACUGCUCACUUCCUUGAGCAUAUGGCUUUCAAGGGAACAAAAAAGAGGUCUCAGUUAGACCUUGAGCUAGAGAUUGAGAACAUGGGAGCUCAUCUGAAUGCGUAUACAUCCAGGGAACAAACUGUGUAUUAUGCCAAGGCUUUUUCAAAAGACUUACCAAGAGCUGUGGAAAUCCUUGCUGACAUAAUUCAGAACAGCACCCUGGGAGAAGCAGAGAUUGAGCGUGAGCGGGGAGUUAUCCUUCGGGAGAUGCAAGAGGUUGAAACCAAUUUGCAGGAAGUUGUCUUUGAUUACCUUCAUGCCACAGCCUAUCAGAAAACAGCCCUAGGACGGACAAUUUUAGGUCCCACUGAAAACAUCAAAUCCAUAAAUCGUAAUGACUUGGUGGAGUACAUAACAACACAUUACAAAGGACCCAGAAUGGUCCUGGCUGCUGCUGGAGGGGUGUGUCAUGAUGAACUGCUUGACCUAGCGAAGUGCCAUUUUGGUAACUUGCCAUCUGCUCCAGAAGGAGGACUGCCACCCCUGCCACCUUGUAGCUUCACAGGUAGUGAGAUUCGAAUCCGGGAUGACAAGAUGCCCCUGGCGCACCUGGCCAUAGCCGUGGAAGCAGCUGGCUGGUCAGACCCGGAUACAAUCCCACUCAUGGUGGCCAAUACUCUGAUAGGUAACUGGGAUCGUUCCUUCGGAGGAGGCGUGCAGAAUUUAUCCAGUAAACUUGCUCAGAUUGCCUGCCAUGGUAACCUGUGUCACAGUUUCCAGUCCUUCAACACCUGCUAUACUGACACAGGCCUGUGGGGACUCUAUAUGGUCUGUGAGCCAUCUACUAUUCAGGACAUGGUGCACUUUGUUCAGAAAGAAUGGAUGAGACUUUGCACAAGUGUUACAGAGAACGAAGUAGCUCGAGCAAAAAAUCUUCUGAAGACAAAUAUGCUGCUACAACUUGAUGGGUCUACACCAAUCUGUGAAGACAUUGGAAGACAAAUGCUGUGUUAUAAGCGCCGAAUCCCAAUUCCCGAACUUGAGGCAAGAAUUGAUGCUAUUGAUGCCCAGACUAUUAGAGAUAUCUGCACAAAGUACAUCUAUGAUAAGCAUCCUGCAGUUGCUGCUGUCGGUCCAAUUGAACAACUUCCAGAGUAUAGCAAAAUCUGCAGUGGCAUGUAUUGGCGCCGUGAGUAGUGAAUAACAAGAACUUUCAGUAUAUUUGAGCUAUAAAAAAAAAAACAACAAACCAGAAAACCAAUAAAAAAUCCCACAACAACAACAACCCCCUCCCCCCCCACCAAGCAACUACACCCGUUUAAAGCUUUUGAGUUGUAUUUGAGAAGAUUAAAUCUCAAGAACCA